ACAGAUACAUUUCUCUCGCAUUAUGGAAUCGUUGCGUAUAUUUCACGAUUUCAAGCUAGACAAUCUCGACCAAGAUUGGAUCAAGUCAGUUUGGGAUGCGGAGUUUGUGACUUACGACGAACCACCUGAUGAUUAUCUCGAGUACCUGGAGAGCGGCAACGCGAGACAGUUGUUGUACAAGUGUCGUCUUAGUCUGAAAGCAUGGAUCGUCGCCAAGGAAUGUGAGCGUGAAACCUCCGAAUAUUCGUGGCAAGCUCUGAUGAUCUUGAAUAUCAACAUACGUGGUCUGCUUGCCAUGCUUGGUUACAUAAUCAAGACUGGACAAUGUGCUGAGAUCGAGGAAGACCUCAGACAGGCUUGUCUGGAAGCUACAAGUUUGUAUCUUAUGUUUCUCACAAUACCUGGUAGCAAUGCAUUUGGAAUUUAUCAUCCCAACUUGUACCAGAGAGCACUCAAAACCUUGAAGAUGUCAGAAAGCUUAGUUUCGCCCGUUAGAAAAAAUAAUAAAGAAACAAAUGUGAUAAAUUCUAGUAUUGAUGAUGAAUCAACAGAUUGUUAUGUUAUGAUAGAUUCAAAAAAGUUAAAGCUCAUAAAAGAAUUGAAUAGGAUUAUUUGUGAUCUUGUUGCAAUGUUAAAGUCAUUUCGAUUCAAGGAACAUAAGGAAUCCUUGGAUAUUACAAUACGCACGUUAUUAGAUAUUACAAGACUGGAGAUGUACAUUAAGCCUCACAACAAUAAUGGACUAACAUCGUUGUCUCAAAAUGCAUUUAUGACUUUGCAAGAACUAUGCGGUAGCAAUCAUGGCACUAUCGCCAUAACUAUAAUGUUAAUAGCACAAUACAUGCUGCCUGAUUUGUUAUUUCAUCAUACAAAUGUGCAACCAAAGUCUAUUAUUAUCGUACAUGAAGCAAUUAUAUAUUUUUUUAAAAAUUUGUUAAAAAUUCAUGAGAUAGAAACAAUGCAGGCAGUUGUAACUUUAAUACAUCAGUUGAUGGUAAAAUGUCCAGAAAGGUCGGAAGGUCGCCAAAGACAAGCAGCUGUUAUAAUAAAACUGUUAAAUAUAUGUAACAAAGAUAUUAUAAUUACGAUUUUCAAAGAUAUAAUAUUAUUUUCACACAAUGGUAAGAUAUCUUACAGACUAUUCGCACAAGAAAUCAUAGGAAAGCUCUUGACGGAAUUUUCUUUAUCAAACGACGAAGAUUUAAACAAAGAUAUGAAAAUGAAAAUGAGAGUAAUUUUAGUAGCCGUUGUAUCGUCCCGUUGUGUGGAUCAAUCAAUCUUGGUAAGAGGAAAAGCCAUGGCAACAUUUGCCUCGUUUUCCGAUUGCAAUGAUGAUGCCGAUAAAAUGAUUCUUGAAAAGAUAUUUAACACUUUAACUUCGGAUAAACAAUUUCCUGUCCUCGACGAAUUGGAAAGAGCGUUGUCGCAGGACAUUGAUCCAUUACCAGGAUCAAAUACUAUUGUUGCAAUGUUACUAGACAGAGUUAACGACGAGCGUGCGUUGGUUCAACGAAGCGCUUUGAAAAUUCUAAGAAAUUUAUCCAUUAUGUUCCCAGCACUUAUAGACAGGAUGAUGCGUGUGAUAAGCGAUCGUUGCAGGGAUCCCACCUUGACUGUGCGUCAAUUUGCAGUGCACGUUCUUUCAGAGAUUUUACAACAAUUUCCUCAUAAUUCGAGCCUCCUCGACGAAUGGACACAAGCUGUUAUACCGCAGAUAUACGAUAUCGAAGUUAAAGUACAAGAAAAGGUAUUGGAAUGUUUGGAAAAUGUAUUGCUAAAUAGGAUAAUGAAAGCCUCUACAUACAUUCCGGAUGCGGCUAAUAAUCUCCCGUGGAAAGUGCUGGAGAAAUUGAGUAAUAUGAAAAUGAGAAAACAUUUGUCGAAAGCUUGCGGUUUGUGGAUUAAGAACGGCGUUAUUACCAAUACUGUGAUAUCGAAUUUGCAGUCGCAUAUCGGAACAGAUAAUAAUAUAGGCGCGUGGAUACUGUUAGCUGCCUUAGUUGAGAAUAUGAAGAUUCCGACUAUGGAUAAAUAUAUCGCGAAUUAUAAGGAAAUUAUCCAGAAGAAUGAUUAUCAUGCAAGUUUGGUUCUGCAUGUUUUGAGGCAUGCAUGGUGCGUUUUAGAUCGCAAUUGCCUCGAGGACCUCCAUCAGUAUCUCUACAACUGUAUUUGCCUCUUUGAGAUCACAUUCAAUUUAAUCAGCAUUUGCCUGGAUAUCCUGAACGCCGUACUACGAUAUUUGCACGCUGAAAACGGUAGUCAGGUAAUGGAAGCGAAUAUGCUGAAACUAAUGGAAUUGUCAGAGGCGGAGAUUCAAAGUUUAAGUCUGGAAGAAAGUGUAAGUCUUACGCAAGAGACACUUAAGGUAAGAGCUAUAUGUACAUUGGGACAUGCAUCGCUUUUGUGCACCAACAAGAUUUCGUCGUCAACUCUACAGGCUCUAGAACGAUUGUUGCUACAAUGGGAAUCAUUGCCGGAAGUUACGAAAGAGACCAAGAAUCUGCAGGCAUCCGCGGUAGUCAUUCUUUGCCAGCAAGCACUGAGAGAUCGUGAAAUCGCGAAAAAAGUCACACCGAUAUUCGGUAAACUGAUGCUCCAAGAAACAUAUUCGGAGCCGUCGAUAAAGACCGCAGUCAAGAUAAACGCCGCGAAAGCAUUGGCUGAUAUUUGUGUGAGAUUUACUGAUCUAGUAGAGCCGUAUUUGCCUGACAUGUGCAUCAGUAUGAAGGAUUCGAAUCCGGGAGUGAGAGAAGCUAUAAUUGUAAUAUUUACUCAACUGCUGCUGGAAGAUUUUAUAAAGAUGAAGGGACCAUUCUUUUUUCAUAUAUUGACGAUGCUAUCAGAUGCGGAUAGUAUGAUACGCGAGCUGACAAUCUUCCUAGUGGAAGAGAAACUCCUAGCGAAGAAUAAGACUUUAAUUUUUAAGCAGUUUGUUGAAAGUAUAUAUCAUUACAACAAUUAUCGGUCCCAUAGUGCGUUCUGUGGCCACAGACUGAGCGAUCGAGAGAGGAAACUGUUGACGCUACCUGGAAGGGUGAAUCAAGAUAAACGUAACAUCAUUUACGAAUAUAUGUUGCAACAUUUGGACGCGUCGGCGAAGCUUAAAUUAGUUAUGAAACUAACUAAGAAUAUACUUGGUGAAAUAUGUGAUCAUAAUUCCAUCGAUGUUACGACGGAGGAAGGGGCGUGUGUCUUGAAGGAUGUGAUGUUCAUAAUCGGCAAUAAUCGUCUACAACUCUCGUCGUCCGGUGAAAAGCAAAAAGAUGAUACACCGGAGCUCGAUGAAACUUCUAACACGCCAAUUAAUAAUAACGCAGUGAAUGUUAUCAUAGCGGCGAUGAAGAAACAUAAUUUAGACAAUUUAUUACCCACAUUAAUUGCGCUGAAGAAAAAACUUGCUGCUUUGAAGUCUCAUUUAGAAGAUGAUGCAGAGAGUUUAUUAUUCAAGAUCUACUCGGAAUACGACGAAGAGCAGUUACUCGAUGUAUUAAAUGAAUAUCCUGAAUUGGAAAAAGAAAUGAAUCAUUAUCAACGGAAACUGAAAGACAAACCCACUUCGGAGAACGAUGGUAGGGGCGCUAAUUCAUCAUUUAUAAAUCACAGGAAUCAUUCGGAAUUAUUGGAUCUAUGCAGGCAAUCGACGCCAAAAAUUUUACUUCAUCGUCUUUCACCUUCGAUGAUAAUGCGUUACAGAAACAAAUCGAUAGAUUCUGGUAUUUGCUCGCAGCAACUCGCAACACCUUGCGACGAUACGUUAGAUCCAAAUUCGACACACUUGGAAAGAUUGUUGUCGAUACAAACGCCACCUCCAGAGCCGAAUCUUGUUUCCAGUACUUCUACAUCAACUCAAAAUUCAUGUCCUAGCGAUUCUUUUACGCCAAAGGAAUUGCUGAUACGACAUAGAUCCUUAAGCAAGCGGGAAUAUGCUCCUCGAUAUAAGUUCCAUAAGAAAUAAUAUGAAACCCGAAUGAUGAUUUCGAACACGCAUCAUGAGAAUUGUCUAGGAAUUACUUCACGUACAAAUUUACCUACCUCGUAA